AACCCCUCCUCACCUCCACUUCAUUGUUCAACUACCACACUCUUUCCUCUCUUCAAAGGAAACAAACACCUUUUUUCUUCUCCUUUCAAACUUUCACCUCUCAAAAAACAAAAGACCAUUCAAACACUCUCUCUUUCUCUCUCCCACUCUCUCCCUCCAAAUAUCAAUCAACUAACAAUCUCUACAAGGAAUAUACCCUUUGAUCCCAAAACCUUCCCCCCUUUCCCUUUCUCUAUUUUCUUUCUCUUUUUAUUACAAUUAUUAUAUCAUUAUAAAUAUCAUUAUUAUAUUAUAUAUCCAUACAUUCAUACACACACUUCAAACAAACACUUCUUGUUUUUUCAUCUUCUCUCUCUAUAAUCCUAAAGAGUAAAUAUUUAAACUUUGAUAUGCAACAACACGUGGGAGCAGAAGUUCAACAUACCCAACAUAAGAAAAAGAACCAAGAAACACAGAUGUGUAGGAAAAUCAAACUGAAUAUCUCUGAUCAUAACAACCUCAAACAAACUACAACCGUUGAUGAUGUUGAUGUUUGUGACAAAAUUGACGGCGAGGAUCUCUUCAUUCCACCUCUCAAUUUUGCUAUGGUUGAUAAUGGCAUUUUCCGUUCUGGUUUUCCUGAACCUUCCAACUUCUCUUUCCUUCAAACCCUUGGUCUUGGCUCCAUCAUAUAUUUGUGUCCUGAACCAUAUCCAGAAGCUAACUUGGAGUUUCUCAAGUCAAAUGGGAUCAAGCUUUAUCACUUUGGGAUUGAGGGUCAUAAGGAGCCUUUUGUAAACAUCCCAGAAGACACCAUCCGGGAAGCACUAAAAGUUCUUCUUGAUGUAAGGAACCACCCAGUUAUAAUUCACUGUAAGCGGGGAAAGCACCGAACAGGCUGUUUAGUCGGAUGCUAUAGAAAACUGCAAAAAUGGUGCUUGUCGUCUGUUUUUGACGAGUACCAGCGCUUUGCAGCAGCGAAAGCUCGAGUUUCAGAUCAGAGGUUUGUAGAGUUGUUUGAUAUUUCAAGCAUGAAGCAUUUGCCUAUACCAUUUUCAUAUUUGAAAAGGUAACAAACACAAAAAAAAGUUAUGCUAAAUUGGGUUUUCCUUUCUUUAGCUUGUGAAAGUGAAUCCAAGGUUCUACCUUUUGAAUAAUAAAAUAGGAAAAGGUGAUGAACUCCUUCAAGGCAUUGCAGCAACAAAGGAGUAAAAAUAUUCUUCUCCCAUUUUUUAGAAAUAAGAUAAGAAAAUUCAUCAAGUAGUAUAUAGUAUUAAGAUGUAUCUGUCUCUUCAAACUAUUUUACUUUCUCUUUACUUUUGUGUUUUUCUUUGCUGCUCCCUAUUCAUGAGCAAUGAGUGUAGAUUAGUCUUGAUUUUUUUCUUGAGGCUAAGAGAAAUUCAAGAAAGCUUGAAAAAGCAUUGUUUUGUCAGCAGAGAAUAUUUCAAAUUUCAUAUGCUAUAUUAUAUUUUUGCUUUCAUUAUUU